AUGAAGGGGGCCGUUGGCUUAAAACGGAAUUACGAGAAAGACUAUCAAGACAGACCUGCUAGAAAGCAGGUCGAAUAUGCACAAAGUCAGUCCAUUGAGAAUACUGGAACAUAUAAUAUCUGGUAUAGUCGAUUUUCUGGAGAUGGCAAUCGGUUUGGAAAAGGACUCGAAAAGGCAGCACAUCGAUGCAUUUUGGAGCGAGAUGCUGGUAAAACCAAGGCUGGAAAGAAGGGAUUGUUUUGCCUGCACUUUGCUCGCGGAUGCUGCUCAAAAGGAAAUGAUUGCACUUUUUUACACCGGAUUCCAAUGCCAGGAGAUCGUACAGAAACAACAUUGGACUGCUUUGGACGAGACAAACAUCGUCUGGACCGUGAUGAUAUGGGCGGCAUCGGAUCUUUUGAUCGUUUAAACUCGACUCUUUAUGUUGGCCAUGUCAGCAUUGACGAUGAUAUGCAGGGAUCAGUCUCUAGACAUUUUAGUGAAUGGGGUGAUGUUGAGCACAUCAAUAUUUUACAAGACAAGGGCGUGGCUUUUGUUCGAUAUGUUGAUAUUCCAAAUGCCGAGUUUGCCAAGGAGGCCAUGAAUGCACAGUCACUCGAUUCUGGAGAGGUUUUGAAUGUUCGAUGGGCGACCGAUGAUCCUAACCCAGGAGUGAUUGCUCGUAACAAACGCAAGGCAGAGGCUAUGGUAGAAAAGGCAAUUAAAGCCCGUCUCCCCACAAUUGGACCUAACGGCACGAUUGCUGAUUACGAAAGAUCAUUCAAUAACCAGCGUCUUGAUACAUCUGCUCCUACUGCAGGCCAAGUUGCAGCAUAUCAAAAUGCACAAGCGAUGCAGAUACAAGGUGUUCCACAGUUUACAACCGAUAUGCAGGCUAACCAAGCUACAAUAUAUUAUGCUUAUUAUGCUCAGUAUGGGUACUUUCCUUCUGCUGAUGGCAAGUCGUUUGUAUAUGAUCCUUCGCGUAUAGGAUCUACCGCGACUCCUGCUGCACCGGUUUUGGAACAGAGCGGUAGUUCUGCAUAUGCAAUUCCAUUGAAAAAAAAAGUUGCUACAGAAGGCCUUGUAGAUUCGUUAGAACAAGUCAAAAAUGGCUCUAAUCAUGACAUAGAGAAACCAAAAACUGCGCCGGCCGCUGCCGCUGUUUCUGCACUUGUAUCUGGGUAUGCAAGUAGUGACGACGACACAUGAGCAAAGUGCUUUUAUUCGUAAUCUGGGCUGUUGUGUGACUUUAUGCGGCAACAUUUCAGCGGUUUUCUCGUCCGAUUGUUCUUGAUUUAACUAGCCUAGAUCGAGUUUGAAGAAAGCGAAUAAAUUUUAAAAUAUUGUGGUUAAACU